CCACCGUUCACUUCCACUUCCACCCUAAACCACAGCGCCGCCGCGCGAAACACCGAAAACCCACGGAGAAAAACACUUCCACUCGGCCACUCCCCAUCGCGCGCCGCGGCCACCUCUCGCCUCCCUGCGAGGGGCCAUGCUGACCGGGCGGGAGAGCCUGGUCCGCCUCGUCGGCAGGCGCCGCCGCUCCCCACUCCCCGCCUCGCUCGCCGUCCUCCUCCUCUCCUCAUCCUCCCCUUCCCCCUCCACCUCCCCCGCUCAGGCCGAUGACGGGGGCGGCUCGGGCGAGGUGGCGGGGGCAGAGGCUCGUUCGUCGUCGGGAGGCGGCGCGGAGUGGGUGGUCUGCCCCGUCUGCGGCGAGUGCAUCCGCGGGUCGGAUCACUGCGUCAACACCCACCUUGAUAUAUGCCUUACAAGAGGACUGAAACGGAAGUUAACACAGAGCACCCUUCUUAAUUUCAGAUUCAGUAAAAAAAUCGCCGCUGAGCCCACUUCAAACAGUUUGGACAAUGAGGUUGAGACAGAAAAUAUGAAACAAAUUGAUGAAGAUUUAUCUUCUGAUCAAGCAUUCUUCUCGCUAGAUAGUGGCAUCGGGAGUUCAAAGGGUAGUGUUACUAUUUCAUCACCUGGUUGUCUGAAUGGCUCACUUGGCAUUUCUGAUACGAUGAGUACCUUUGUACCUUCAAAUACUGUCUCACCAAUAGUGAAGGGUGCUGCAAAUGAUGGGGCAGUGGAACACUGCUCUUCGAGCAUGCUUGCAGCAGUAGCAACCUCUGGCAGUACUGAUGCAUGUGCAGACACAGGUUCUAGCACCAUUGUAACUGUUGACACUGUCAUAGUUGGCAGGAGGUUCCAUGAAAACGUUGAAUUGCGAGAAGGAGAAGGCAUUAUUGUUUUGAGAGAUCCUCAGAAUGUUAAGGAUCCUGAUGCAAUCAAGGUGCUUUAUGCAGCAUUUGAAUGCGAGGAGAUGCUUGGAUACUUGCCUCGAGAGCUUGCUAAAGUUUUGGCUCCUCUAAUGGACAAACAUUAUGUUGAAUGUGAGGGACUUGUGGUUGGUUUGCCUGAACGACACCUUGACAAUGUUCCCAUCCAGAUUACUAUCCAGAAAUGUAAAAGUGACAAUCAAAGAAAUGAUGAUCCGAAUUAUUGGCAGCCCUUAUGGGAAAAUUUCAUCAGCGCUGUUAGAACUGGAAAUUUUCAGCAACCUAGCAGUGCAAUAUACCAGACAAAUUUUAAUUUGAUGAUAGCGGAUGUUAUCGCAAAUCAUACACAUGUUUUUAGUGACCAAGAGAAAUCAUUUUUAGGUUCUUUUAAGUUAUUAUCAGAUGACGGGCAACGGCUUUUUGUUAGGAUCUACACUCGAAAAGGGCCAUGGUUCCGAAAGAGCAGUAUAUCUUAUCGUGAGAUAUCAGAUCUGGAGCAUGCAGUCAUGGAAUUGAAGUUGGCAGGUUAUAUCGACGUGCUUUCUUGCACCGAUGAUCCAUCUGAAUACGAUAUGAAGGAGAUUCUUGAUGUGCUAAGCGUUCCUGAAAUGAAGGAAAUUCUAAAGGAGCUUCCUAAGAAUAACACAAGCUGCACACGCCGACAUGGGCUUCUUAGCACCCUUCUGUCUUCAUAUCAUAGUGGUGCCUGUGCAGCACUACCAAAGCGAAUCCUAAAAUGGACAGGAACCUGUAUAAAAAUUUCUAAGAUGGCGGAUGUACUUCUAUGGCGUGUUCAGAGGCUCUUUUUUCUAAAUGGCGAUCAAGAUCUUUCAUCCUUUCUAUUAGUUGAAUUUGGUGUAGUGAAGUUCCCAGACUAUGCUUGCAGUGUCUCUCACCGCAUUUUUCAAGAAAGAAGUGAUCUACUCGAGUAUGAAGAGGCUGUUCAAGUUGCACAGGUGAUGGAUGAAUCCCUUGAUAAUAAUAGCAUGGAAUUGGUGACAAGAUGCAUUGAUUUGUCUGAGAAUCGAUUAUGCACUAUGCCAGAACAAGAAAAUACCACUUCAUCUGAACCUUCCCCAUCAUUCUUUUCAUGCUUUUCAGCCUUCUGGGUUUAUUCGAAAAUACUUACAUUAGGUGUCUCUGUUUAUGAACGUGAUCACAGGUAUGAAGAUGCAAUAAGGAUUCUUAAGCGACUACUUAGUAAAGUUGCUUGUGAUAGACGGCGAGGAUAUUGGACACUGAGGCUAUCUGUUGAUUUGGAGCAUACGGGUCGUCCAAAUGAGAGCCUUUCAAUAGCUGAAGGAGGAGUAGUUGAUCCAUGGGUCCGCUCUGGUUCAAAGUUCGCGCUGCAAAGGAGAGUUCUGCGUUUAAGCAAACCUCCACGACGCUGGAAAGUUCCCAGUUAUGCAGCUCAUGUUAAGAGAAAUAUAAUAGAGGUGAACAUUGAAGGAAGGCCAUUAAAUUGUGAAACAGGAGCAAAGAAUGUAUUUUAUGGUUAUGAUGGUGAACUUUGUGGGGUAGAGCAGUUGGCUUUACAAUACUAUGCUGAUGAAGGAGGCGGUUGGCAAGGUUCCCAUUCGGAAGGUGGCAUUUGGAUGACCAUCUUUGGCCUUCUAAUGUGGGAUGUAAUAUUUUCAGACAUACAAGAUGUUUUCCAGUCUAAAUUCCAGACAGCCCCUCUUGAUCUGGAAACAGAUGACUUCUACAAAUCAAGAAAGGACCUUGUAGAGUCCCAGUUGAAAAAGAUACAAGAUGGAAUGGCUGAAGAGAUGCUAAUCAGCUCCUGGGAGCUACAUCAAGGGACAUCCUGCCGGGGUGUUAACUGGGACCGUCAUUCCUUGACUGAUCUACGAGCUGUCGUUGCAUGCAUCGGCGGACGUCGCUUGGCGUCACUCCUCCGACAUCUAGCCAUCGACUACAGGAGCUGGUCUAGUGGAAUGCCUGAUCUGCUGCUAUGGCGUUUCCUUGACGAACGAGGCGUAGGCGAAGCUAAACUUGUGGAGGUCAAAGGACCAAGGGACCAGCUGUCCGAGCAACAACGUGCGUGGAUUCUUGUUCUCAUGGAUUUUGGAUUUGAUGUGGAAGUUUGCAAAGUAAGCCCAGUUUCUAAGCGGAGAUAGCCCCCUUCCAAAAUUGAACCUGGUGCAAUAAUUUCAUUUUAUUGAUUAUUUAUGCAUAAUGUAUUUGAUUGAUUAGAAGAGCAAAACUGUAUAACAUGUAAAAGCAACAUCGUUUAAGUCCAAGCUUGCAUUGAUGUUGUACAGAAGUCAAAAAACAUUCUUACCACUCAUUUAUGCAGUGGAGUUCUAACAAAGCUCUACUUAUCAGAAA